AUGAGCGCUUCGUAUACCAAUGAGACUGUGGUUGUAAACUAUCGAGAUGCUUUCCCCAAAGCUAUGGUCAAGAAUGUGAUUGUUGUGGUUUUCUGCAUCUCCAUUAACUACAUCAAUGUAGCACUUCUUCAAACUUUCUGCAAACAACAGAUCUUUUACAUGAAUCCACGCUACAUCCUGUUUUUCCACCUGGUACUUAACGAUAUGAUCCAAGUAACACUGACCGUCAUACUGUUUAUCAGCAGCUACAUCUUCUUCCAGAUAAAUGUCUCUGUCUGUUGUGUGCUCAUCCUGCUUGCUCUUUUUGCCACUGAAAACACCCCUCUGAAUCUGGCUUGCAUGGCAGUGGAGUGCUACAUUGCCAUCUGCAUCCCUCUUCGUCAUGUCCAAAUCUGCACGGUCAAAAGGACGUUAAUGUUGAUUGGUUUAAUUUGGAUGACCAGCAUGCUGUCUGUUCUUCCUGAUCUCUUCAUCACCUUGGCCAUAGAACCACUGGAUUUCUAUAAUUCUCGUGUGUUUUGCCUCAGAGAAACAGUCUUUCGAAAUCCCCACAUCAUCAAGAAGAGAGAUAUCACCUAUAUAGUCUAUCUGGUUAUUGUCUGGUUUAUUAUCUUUUUUACUUACUUCAAAAUCCUGUUCACUGCAAAAGCAGCAAGUCAAGAUGCUACAAAGGCCAGAAAUACAAUUAUUCUCCAUGGUUUUCAGGUGUUGUUGUGUAUGUCAAUAUAUGCUGAACCUUUGCUGAGGCAAGUCCUGCAGCAGUGGUUUCCUCAAAAUUAUUCAGACUCCCUUUUUGCUUGUUAUAUUCUCUUCCAGAUCCUGCCACGAGCAAUUAGUCCAAUAGUCUAUGGAGUAAGAGACAAAACUUACAGGAAGUAUCUGAAAAGGUAUUUGUUGUGUAAAAUGAGUCUCUAG